UCGGAUGAAACCCUAAUAGGAGUUACACAGGAUAUUCUUGAUGUAGUGAAGGCCGAUGUUCGGAUGAAUCCAGCAUUUGGACCGGAACUUAUGAAAACACAAAGUGAGGGAACGUAUGUAACAGAUGUAAUAAUCCCUUCGAUUCGGGCAUCAUUGAAAGGGCUACCAUAUAGGCAAUCUACAUUUAUCAGCACUGCGGAGCGACAAAGCAUUGCCAGCGCAGAUAGGAAAGGGGGUGGACAUUUUGGAAAACGACCAGAUUUCAUGUAUUUACAAAAACGGGAUGGUAAGAUAUUUGAGCUUGGAAACAAACGAUGGUAUGUUUGGGUACGACAAGGGUGUAAACCUGAAAAAGAUCAAUUUGGCAUUGUGGGGAUUCAAGUCGCAGGGACCAAAAUCCAGUUAAAUGUACUUAUCUCGAUAUUACCAUCUGAAAAAAACGCAAAUUCCUAUACAAUGAAUAUUUUGGUCGUCAAUUUAUCUCUGUUAAUGCAAGUACCCACGAGUAAGACGCAUCGUGUCGAAAAAAGUACUACAGUAUCAUCACCUAGAGAAGAAACACCCGACAAACAAAAUAAAAGGAGGCAGAGACGAUCCAAGAAAAAAUCAGGAUCUAAUGAGCAUAGAAAAAGCGC